CAACAUCUAGCUUCCGCCCUUUUCUUGUUAUGAUGACGCCAUGAAAUCGCGCCGUUCGUGACUCUUGUUUAGUCGGCCAUACUCUCUCUAAACACCGAGUGACCGAUAGAAGCUGCAAGAUGGGAGUCCCCAAAUUUUACCGCUGGAUCUCCGAAAGGUACCCGUGCCUUAGUGAGGUGGUCAAGGAACACCAGAUUCCUGAAUUCGACAAUUUGUACUUGGACAUGAAUGGCAUCAUCCACCAGUGCUCACACCCAAAUGAUGAAGAUGUGCACUUUCGCAUAACAGAAGAUAAGAUUUUUGCAGACAUAUUUCAUUACCUGGAGGUGCUGUUUCGCAUCAUCAAGCCAAGGAAAGUGUUUUUCAUGGCAGUGGAUGGUGUGGCCCCUAGGGCAAAAAUGAACCAACAACGGGGGAGACGUUUCAGAUCAGCAAAAGAGGCAGAGGACAAAAUAAAAAAGGCUGUAGAAAAAGGAGAAGUCUUGCCAACAGAAGCCAGAUUUGAUUCUAACUGUAUUACCCCUGGAACUGAAUUUAUGGCUCGCUUGCAUGAGCAUUUGAAGUAUUUUGUAAAUAUGAAGAUUUCCACAGACAAGUCUUGGCAGGGAGUCUCCAUCUACUUAUCUGGCCAUGAGACUCCAGGGGAAGGAGAACAUAAAAUAAUGGAAUUUAUCCGAUCUCAAAAAGCGAAGCCAGAUCAUGAUUCAAACACAAGGCACUGUCUUUAUGGAUUAGAUGCUGAUUUGAUAAUGCUUGGUUUAACAAGCCAUGAAGUUCACUUCUCUCUUUUAAGAGAAGAGGUUCGCUUUGGUGGAAAGAAGAAUCAAAAAAGGGUUUCUGCACCAGAAGAAACUACAUUUCAUCUUCUUCACUUGUCUUUAAUGAGAGAGUAUAUUGAUUAUGAAUUUUCCUCAUUGAAAGACAAGAUUCCAUUUGAAUAUGAUGUAGAGCGAAUAAUUGAUGAUUGGAUUUUAAUGGGAUUUCUUGUAGGCAAUGAUUUUAUUCCUCAUCUACCUCAUUUACAUAUCAAUCAUGAUGCACUGCCUCUUUUGUAUAGAACAUAUAUUAGUGUCUUACCUACUCUUGGGGGUUACAUAAAUGAAAAUGGUUAUUUAAACCUAUAUAAUUUUGAGAAGUACCUAAAAAAACUUUCAGAUUUUGAUCGGGAGCAUUUCAAUGAAAUCUUUGUUGACUUAAAAUGGUUUGAAAGCAAAGUGGGCAAUAAAUACCUCAAUGAAGCUGCAGGCCAAGCUGCUGAAGAAGCCAAAAACCUGAAUAAAAAGAAAAACAAGGUUGCCGAUGAUGCCUUUUGUUUUAGUGCAUUAGAGAAUAAUGGGGAAGAAAAUUCUGAAUGUUUAGAUGAGAACCCUGAAGAUGAUGAUGAUGAUCUCUUUGAGACAGAAUUCAGACAAUACAAGAGGACAUACUACAUGUCAAAGAUGGGAGUUGAAGUUGUUUCAGAUGAAUUUCUGGCAGAUCAGGCUAAAUGCUAUGUCCAGGCAAUACAAUGGAUUUUGCACUAUUACUACCAUGGAGUCCAGUGCUGGAGCUGGUACUACCCCUAUCAUUAUGCACCAUACCUGUCGGAUAUUUGUAAUUUCAACCACCUUAAGCUGACAUUUGAUUUUGGUAAACCCUUCAUGCCAUUUGAGCAGCUGCUUGCAGUCCUUCCUGCUGCUAGUAAGGAUUUAUUGCCUCUCACUUAUCAGAAUCUGAUGAUCAGUUCAGAUUCUCCAAUCAUAGAUUAUUACCCGCAAGAUUUUAAAACUGAUCUAAAUGGGAAGCAGCAGGAGUGGGAAGCUGUUGUACUAAUUCCUUUCAUAGAUGAGAAACGAUUGCUGGAAGCUAUGGCAUCCUGCAAUAAGUGUCUGACUGAGGAUGAGAAGAAAAGGAACCGACACAGUGAGUGCAUAAUGUACUGGUAUGAAAUGGAAACUGAUUUCAAAUACUUUUCACCGUGGCCAGAGAAAUUUCAGAGUGUUGAUCGCUGCCAUGCAAGGUAUAAACUAAUUUCUUUGGAUGCCUGGCAUGUAGAUGUGACUGAUAAUAAAAUAACAAAUGUAAAUAAGAGUGCAUUGUAUUUCUGUGGAUUUCCUACUCUGAAGCAUAUUAAACAUAAGCAUUCCAUGAAGAAGGCAGGUGUUCAGGUAUUCCAGCAAAGCAGCCGAGGUGAGAACAUGAUCUUGGAGCUAGAGACUGAAGAAAACGAAGAUAACCAAAAUGUGGACAUUGUUGCCAGUGCAGUACUCGGAAAAUCUGUAUUUGUAAAUUGGCCUCACCUGGAAGAAGCCAGAGUCAUUGCUGUUUCAGAUGGAGAGAUGAAGUUUUAUUUAGAAGAACGCCCUGGAACACAAAAGCUUUACACUGGUAACUCAGUACCACCGACUAAAGUAAUCUAUGUUGGCGAUAAAGAAAGAAACGUAUGGGUGAAAGAAAUUCAGGGAAUAUCCGAACAUUACCACAAAAGAAAAGGAGUGGUGAUAAAUGAGACUGCAAUAGUUUUGCAUGCACAGCUGCUCACUGGCCGCCACUAUCUGUUGGGACAAAAUGGGGAGGUUCAUCUCGAGAAGCAGUGGUCCAAACAAGUGCUGUCCUUUGUGUACCAGACUGUUGUUCAGGAUAUCACUACUUUUGAAUCUGGCUCAUCUCAUUACAAAACACUGGGCGAGCUUUUCUCUCCUAAAAGUUCUGUCUUCAUGUUGGGGGCGCCCUACUAUGGAUGCAUGGGAGAAGUACAAGAGUCAUCUGAUGUUCUCAGUGAGAACAGAAUCCGUGUGAUUUUAUCUAUUCCCUGUGAACCACAGCUACUUGCCUUAAUACAGAACCAGCAUACAUUUUCUAUAAAAUAUAACCCUGGCUAUGUUUUGGCUAGUCGUCUUGGUGUGAAUGGAUACCUCGUUUCUAGGUUUACAGGGAGUAUCUUCAUUGGCAGAGGAUCCAAGAAGAAUCCCCAUGGAGAACAAAAGUCCAAUGUGGGACUGAACCUUAAGUUCAAUAAGAAGAACGAGGAAGUUCCUGGCUACACUAAAAGAGUUGGGACAGAAUGGACAUAUUCUUCUGCUGCUGAGCUCCUUCUUGGUGAAUACAUAGAGAGGUUCCCUGAAUUAUUCUCAUAUAUAUCGAAGCACAGCCAAAAUGAUGUGUUCUAUGAAGAUGAUAUUUGGGCAGGAGAGGAUGAGAAUGGUGCUGAGAAGGUUGAAGAGAUUGUGUCCUGGCUGAAGUCUCAUCCUGUUAACACACUAUCCCAUUCAUCGUGUGAUUUGCAAAUACUGGAUGCUGAUAUAGUAGAGAAGAUUGAAGAGGAGGUUGCAAAGUGCGAGUCAAAAAAACCCAGUAAAGUACGAGUGACGGUUAAGCCUCAUUUAUUGUUUAAGCCUCUUGAGCAGCAGCAUGGAGUUGUUCCAGACCAAGAUGCAGAAUUCCGUCUGUUUGAUCGUGUUGUUAAUGUCCGGGAGAACUUUUCUGUCCCACUAGGACUCCGAGGCACUAUUAUAGGAAUUAAAGGAGCUGAAAGAGAUGCUGAUGUGCUGCUUGAAGUACUGUUUGAUGAAAUAUUUUCUGGGGGCUUAACAAUAAGAUGUGCCCAAUUUAAAGCAUAUCGCUUACCAACAAGUGCCUUAAUCAACCUUUCUCAUGGUAAUCGUAUGGAAAGCGGAGGACUGAAACUGACUGCUGUAGUUAAGCCACAUGUUUCUGAAAAAGAACAAAUAGGAGGCCUCAACCAUUCUCCCCGUUCUCUCUUUGUUCCUACAAAGGUGAAUGGAAAGCAGCAUUCUCAGGGUCAGGCCAACUCACCACAGAAAGGUUUUGCUUCUGCUGGAAAUCAGAAACAAAAGGAUGAUGAGCAUUUCAAUGUGUGGCAAUCACUGCAAGGCUCUGAGAAAUCACCUCAUGCUCAAAAUGCGCAUGGCAAGGGUGUUUAUCUACCUCAGGAUAAGAAGCCAGGCCCCAGUAAUCAAUUCCAUAAAUCAGAAAUGGCUGGGAGCAGCCCAAAAUGUCAGUCCAAAAGACAAGAUCCAAUUAGAAAAAUGAAAGAAGAUUUCAAGUUUCAAAAGCAUGAGAGCCAAAUGCAGGGUGUGUUUAAUAAACGGAAUACAUCAGAUUCUGUGAAGCAAGUAAAACUUUUGAAGCGAAAUGACAAUCUCUCUGAGGCUCAGACUGAGAAAGUUAAUCCCAAGGCACCAGAUGGAAAGUCUAAUAGUGAGUUUGAAAAUUUAAUCGCAUCCCUGAAGGUUGCAGAUGAAGAGCAGACACAGCCUGCACCCCAAACCCAAGACUCUAGUGUGGAACACUUGUCCCCUCAGUCUUUUGCCAUGAAAGGAACUCAAAUGUUAAAAGAAAUACUCAAGAUUGACAGCCCAGACUCUACAGACCAGCACAAAGAAGGAGUUAAAAAGGAUAUUGUCACUGCACAGCCUCAGCGCAGACAAACCAAACAGAUAGCUGCACACAUGAACAGUCCUCAGGGAACUGGCCCAGCUUUAAACACACCCAACCCAGAAUUUCUACGGGCACCUCUGAUUCCACAGCCACCUGCCAUGGCUACUCCAGCGUCUGAACUUUCCCGUAUCUGUAGUUUGGUUGGCAUGCAUCCACCCACGUUCUCCUUCCUGCGAACCCCACAGGCUCUGACCGCUUGUCAAGUGAAGCUGUCAAAUGGUUUAAUCAUAGCUGGGCCCCCUUGUCAUACAGAAAAUGAAGCCAAGGAGAAAGCUGCUUUAUUUGCACUUCAGAGACUGAGCUCACUCAGUUUCCCAUUACCACCGCCACCAGCAAUAUUUCCAACCUAUGCGCAUUUUGGAGCUGCUUUACCUACCAGACAGAUACCCCCAGUCUUUCCACCUGCAGCAGCUAAUAUGAUCUCUGCAGCACCACACGUAUUUGCUCCCGUAACAUGGAGACCUCCGAUACAAAUCUCUAAACCUUACUACCCAGGCCCUUAUGCUAGCAAUACACCCGUAGUGGGUCACAUGCCAGCAGGCACUCACAACCAGUUUGUACCACUCCAGGUAACAAAGCAAAGGGCUGCUUUCCAUAAGAACACUGAACACAAGGAUCCAAUAAAUACAUCCAAUGUAUCUUCAGACCAAGAGCAGAGAUUAGUUCCAGAAGCGAGCAACCAGGACACCCAAGAAAAUGCAUCUCCAUCUCUGGCAUCUCCUCAACCUGCCCAGUCAACCUUAACAGAAAAGGCUUCACAUAGUCCUGUUGCAAGUCACAGCAAAACCACUCCAGGGUCCGCUGGCAAAAGGAAACCACGGAAAUUAGCCGUCAAUUUCAGUGGCCCUAAAGCAUCAGAAUAAACACCUUUUCUUCUAUCCCCCAUUGUGGAGGUUUGCCUUAAAGGGGUUGUUCAAUUUCCAACACUAUUGGAAAUUCUAUUCUAAUUAUAUUUUCUAUUUGUGACUGUUUUUCUAAUACUGAAGUGUAAAGUUAAAUUUUUUACCUUCUAAAGCUGCUCUGGGAGGGGGGUCGUCGACUCUUUGACUGUUUAAAUUGAUACAUU